UUGCCGCAGAGCCGCGGUGCAGGAGCUCCGUUGCAUGGGCGCCUGGGCUGCAGCCGCUGCUUUGGUGCAGGAGCCCCGGACCGGACAGGACGGACACCAUGUGGAGAGGGCCAUUCUGAGCCGCGGUGCAGGAGCUCCGUUGCAUGAGCGCCUUUGCUGCAGCCGCUGCAGCACGCCGCUCCCGUGCAGGGGCCCCGGGACGGUCGGAGAGCCAGCAUGUGGAGAGGGGUCCUGGCCCUCUCAGCCUCUCCUGGCACCGAAGCCGCCCCCCGGCCCGCCGUGGAUACCAGUGUGUGCCCCCACAGCCCCCGCCAGGCAGAGGAAGACGGCCGGCCGUUAUGCCCAGCGCAGCCCCGGCCGGCGGGCACCUGGCCGGGCUCCGCUGCGGGCGAAGCGAGGAAGGACCCACCGGCGGAGGCCGGGCGAGAGGGGGGCUGCCCCGCCGACCCCCUGGGCGUCUCCCGCCUGCGCAGCUCCUCCGUGGAGAUCCGCGAGAAGGGCUCUGAGUUCUUGAAAGAAGAGUUACACAGGGCUCAGAAGGAGCUGAAGCUGAAGGAUGAAGAGUGUGAGCGAUUGUCAAAGGUCCGAGAGCAGCUGGAGCAGGAGCUGGAAGAACUGACAGCCAGUCUUUUUGAGGAAGCCCACAAAAUGGUGCGAGAGGCCAACACCAAACAGGCCGCGUCUGAGAAGCAGCUGAUGGAAGCUCGCGGGAAGAUCGACAUGCUCCAGGCCGAGGUGACGGCCCUGAAGACCCUGGUCAUCACGUCUACCCCGUCCUCUCCCAACCGGGAGCUGCACCCCCAACUCCUGAGCCCCACCAAAGCGGCCUUCCGGAAGGGGCACUCCCGCAACAAGAGCACGAGCAGCGCCGCCCUCUGCCCCGCCGCCUGCCCCACCGGCGGCCACAGCCUCCCCUUCGACCCCGCCAGCCCCGAGUGCACAGAGCCCGGGGUGCCCACCCUCCUCUCCUUGCUUCUCUGCAUCGUCCCAGGCAAGGCCAUCCACAUCACUUAUGAGCCAGCUUGGCCAUUGCUUCCCAGGGAGCCCUCCUCCUCAUGUUCCUUUUCCCGUUCCUCUUCCUCCUCUUCCCGGCAGAUGGACUCGAACCUAUUCGCCGAAUUCCAGGCCUGGAAGGAGAGCCCCACCCUAGAUAAAGCCUGCCCCUUCCUGGAGAGGAUUUAUCGCGAGGAUGUGGGCCCCUGCCUGGAUUUCAGCAAGCGCGAGCUUUCGGAGCUGGUCCGGGCGGCCGUGGAAGAGAACACGCUCACCGUCGAGCCGGUGGCUUCCCAGACGCUUCCUGUGGUCAAGGUGGCAGCUCUCGAAUGCGGCGGGCCCAAUGGGCUGCGGGCACAGGUGGUGACGAAAUGUGCCCUGAGUGGCCUGCCUCGGGCCUGCAGGCACCGGAUCAAGCUGGGAGACUCUGGCAACUACUACUACAUUUCGCCGUCCUGCCGGGCCAGGAUCACCGCCGUCUGCAACUUCUUCACCUACGCGCGCUACAUCCAGCAGGGCCUGGUGCGGCAGGACGCGGAGCUGAUGUUCUGGCAGAUCAUGCGGCUACGGAAGGAAAUGUCCCUCGCGAAGCUCGGCUUCUACCCCAGCGAGGCCUAGAGUGGCGUGACGGAGCCCGGGCUGGUGGCGGAGAUGCCCGGGAGAGAACGGGGGCUGCUCCAAGUGCCAAGCGUGCCAACCAAGCCAAGCCUCGAGGGGCAUCCCCCCGCACGGACCCUGGAGUUCUCCGUCAGGGCCGAGAGGGCUGCACAGUGACCCAGAGGAAGAUUUUCUCUCUCUUUCUGUCUCUCUCUGCUCUGCAUCACAACCUGGAGAACUUUUGGAAGGACUAGCUCUGCCUCCUGUGCACGGCCUCUCUCCAGGGUCCGAGGGGGGCCAAAGCUGCCAGCUCUGGGCAGCCCCGUCCGGAGAGAUGCGACGCUGCCCACGGAACCUCCUGCUAUGCUUCCAGACUCAGAUGUCGCCUGGUGCCCUCCACCCCAGCUACAGCCCCCGCUGGCCCGCACCCGCCCACCUUCUCCGGCCCCCAGAACAGGAAAGGCCGGACGGCCGUGUGGGCAGAGCCCAUCCGAACGGUGCCGCCCUUUCCCGAGCAGCUCCAUCCCCUGACAGCAAGAAUGACAUCAGGAAUGCCCUUAGUAGCCGCUGGAGCCCGUGGAGCCAGGGGAGGAGAUGACCUGGGCUCGAACCCCGGUCCAGCAGCCAUCUUGCUCGUGUCUUCCCCCAAAGAUGGAAUCACCGCCCGCCCCAAUCACCCUCCUCCAGGAGGUAGCAUCUGCCCACACUGGGUGGGUGAAUCACAGCUCAGGCUCUGGCCGGGGCCUCCCCAGGCCUGGGGUGUCAAGGCCUGGGGGCUGUGAUGGGGGCCGAACCUCCUCCAGGACACAAGCAAAUGAAGGUAGUUACCACUCCCACAACCCGAGGGGAGUCGGGAGAGGCCUUGGGCUUUGGGAAAGGCUCUCUGUUCUCUUCCUCUCCCUCCCCCUGCUUCACCAUGACGGUGCCACUUGCUGCUAUCUUACUGGAUUCAGGGCUCUCCUCUCUGAGCAGGGCAGGGACUCAACCUGUCCUCCCUGCCCUCGAAGCCUCAGUUUCCCCACAAUUGGCUUUUCUCUGCCUGGGCUCUUGAGGCCCAGCCGGGUUGUGCGGGUGUCCCCGAGCGGCCCUGCGGCCGGACAAAGCCCCUCUGUCUCCCUGCAGGCCUUGGAGUUGGCCGAAGCAAGGACUACCUCCGCACUUAGCCCUUUGGGCAGCUGCUCUGUGAGUGGGACUUUGGAGCGAGACCUUCCCGGCCACUGGGAAGCUGAGGGAGCAUCAAAUGGGGCCUGGGUCAAGUUCAUUUUGGUCCGGGGCGGGCGAGUGGACGGUGGCCCCCAUCACUGUCCCGCCCGGAGCCCCAGGCUGAUGAGGCCCUCCCUGAGCCCGGGGUGUAUUUGAUGGGAUACCCCGGUUCUGGCAUGGCAUCGCAGGGGUGGGAGGAGCCUGGCCCGCUUCCCGCACCCAGCCUGCGGCCCCUGGCUCCCACUUCCUGCCCUUCCCCUUCCCCCUUUCUCCUCCCGAGGUUGAGGGGGGCCCGGGCACAGAGGGCGGGGCUUCCCCAGGAGUGCUCCAGCCACGAGAGGGAGGAUGGCUGGGGAGUCCAGGAAUGUGGUCCAGUGACUUGGAGGCCAUCCCGGGAAAACGGAGGGCCUCUUCCACAAAAGGAAACACGCUCGCCUCUUCUGGGGGGAACCAAAUAAGGAAGCGGGGCAGCGGAGGGCAGGGGGCGGGAAAGCAGAGCAGCCCCAGCUCCGUCACCCUGAUGACCGAGGGCGGGGGGCUCCGGCUCCUGCUACGUCCCCGUCCCGUGCCUCGUCCUGGGGUUUCAGCCCUGGGAUUUGUUACAGUCAGAAGGACGGGGCAGGGGCCCCUUCCUCUCCCUAAGAUACUUAGAAGGAAGCAGUCCUGGGGCUUCUGAGCUAAAGUUGGACUGGAGGUCCCAAGAGCUCCCCAGAGCCUCCGGCGGAGGCUCAACCGAUUUGGGGUGGCCGGGGACAGCUACACAUCGCUGCAUUACCCGCUAGUAUUUUCUUCUUUUAAUAAAAUGUAACACGAGCUCUAUUUAAUAAAUGAAGACUAUUGUUAA